ACAAUUGCGAUUGAAUUAGUAUUUUUCUGAAAAAAUUUUCUCCUUUUCAGUGUACGAUGAUAACAGCAGAAUUACAGUACUGAAUUUGAACUCAGGGUUACAGAGAUAAUUGUAAAAAUGAGCCCCGCAAAUUCUACGAGUCAUAAAUGCUUCGGAAUUACAGUAUGAAUCUAAUAAAAAGGUAGUGAUGCCAUAUCGUUGGUACUGGUAGUUGUUGGAUACCAUCAAAGCUCUCAUAAAUGUACGGUAUGAAAAAAUGGUUGCAACUGAUGGUAUGAUACCCAUUAUCUUAUAAAAAAUGUGAUUGACUGAAUUCAACGGUUAUCAAAGAGUUGACAAUGUCAAGAGUUGGCUUACAUACGAUAUAUACUAUUAUAUAUGUAUAUACAAUUUCACUAUCGGUCCAGUUAAAUGCCCCUCCUAUAAAUGCGAAUGUUGAAUUGAGUGUGCUGCAUACUGUCAAUGUGAUACCGCAGCCUAAUCAUGAAAGAAUUACGGAGAAUUGUUAUUUGCUGUGUAAUAUUCACAAAACUACACGAGUGUCAAGGUGCAAAUCUUAGUUUUCCGGAAAAUUUUAUCAUUGGUGCUGCAACCGCAUCUUACCAAAUAGAAGGGGCCUGGAAUGUCAGCGACAAAGGAGAAAAUGUUUGGGAUUGGUUCACACACAACAAACCGGAAAACAUAGCAGACGGAAGUACGGGAGAUGUGGCCUGUGACUCUUAUCAUAAAUACGAAGAAGACGUGCAGUGGGUGAAAAAUCUAGGGUUGGAUUUCUACCGUUUUUCGGUCAGCUGGUCACGCGUACUUCCAAAUGGUUUUGCGAAUGAAGUCAGUGAAGAUGGAAUUCAAUACUACAAAAAUCUGACCACGUUACUAGUGGCAAAUGGUAUCGAGCCCAUCGUUACAAUAUAUCACUGGGACCAUCCUCAGAUUCUCGAAGAUUUGGGUGGAUGGACAAACGAAUUAAUGGUGGAGUGGUAUACCGAUUACGCCAGGGUUCUUUUCGAAGAAUUGGGACCCAUGGUGAAAACCUUCAUCACAAUUAACGAGCCAAAAGUAUAUUGCGAACAAGGAUACAACUCGACUACUAUAAAAGCUCCAGGAAAAAUAUUAGAAAAUAUGGGCCAUUACCUGUGCGUUCACAAUACUCUGAAAGCUCAUGCGACAGCGUAUCAUCUGUACGAUGACGAAUUCCGUGCGAUUCAAGAAGGCCAAAUAGGAAUAGUGACGCCGUGUGCCGGUUGGGUGCCAGGGGACAACGUAACCGAAGAAUCCAUCGAACGACACUUUCAGUUCGAUUGCGGUUGGAUUAUGCACCCCAUUUAUGUUGGAGACUAUCCAGAAAUUGUGAAAACGAGAGUGGCCUAUGUCAGUGCACUCGAAAAUUACCCAUUUUCACGUUUACCCGAAUUUUCACAGGAUUGGAUAGAGUACAUAAAUGGAACAGCAGACUUCUUUGGUCUCAAUCACUACACGUCAAGUAUGCCCAUAUUUGACACAGCCGAAGAGCUUGGCAUAUAUACCAGGGAUAGUGGCAUAAUUAAAAAUACCAAUUCCAGCUGGUCAGCUGGUAGUUCUUCAUGGUUAUACGUAUUGCCAGAAGGAUUCGGUAAUGUUUUGCGUAUGAUUCGAGACCAGUACAAUAAUCCACCGUUGUAUGUAUUUGAAAACGGAUAUUCCGACACCGGCGAGUUGGAAGACUAUCGACGAAUUAAUUAUUAUUACGAAUACGUCAGCGAGAUGCUCACAGCCAUCAACGAUGAUGGCUGCAAUGUCGUGGCAUACACUAUUUGGUCCCUUCUUGACAAUUUUGAGUGGAAUGCUGGCUACACAGAAUUAUUCGGCAUUAUAAGUGUUGAUUUCAACAGUUCAAACAGAACAAGAUCAGCUAAACUAUCUACGUCAUGGUGGCAAGAAGUUAUCAGUACACGUACACUUCAGGAUGUUCCCAGUAACGGUACUAGACGUUAGGAAUUUGGUUGAUAAGCAGCUUGACUGAAGAACGAUCGUAUUUCGAAAGAAGGUUAUUCAUUACCGAGUUCUGUGAUAAUCGAUGUAUUUCAAACAUUUACUGACCAAUUGAAGUUAGAAUAAUUUGUUAACGUCGAAUAUUCACACGAAUACGUGAUGUGUAAAUAACUAUUAUUCACUAAUUGUAAGACAGCAGACUUUGUGACCGGACAUCAAGAAGAUAUUCAAAAAGCGAAAUGAGUCUUGCAAGAUACGAAUACAUUUCUAGAGUGA